AUCAUUUCUUUCUUAUGUUCCAGGUCUGCCUUUUUGCCGCCUCUUACUGGAGGUGGGCAUGUAAAUAGUGUGAUUAUCGUGUACAAAUGGCACCGAAGAUUCCGACCCUUCCUUAGUUGUGUUGUUUGAGAAGAGAGAGGUAGACGUUGUGACUGCUGAGGAGAGUCUAGACAUAGAUGUCCCAUUGAGAAACAGUUCCAGCAUGAGAUGGGACCAUGGAGUUGUUCAAGGAAUGGGGAUGGUAGGGAAUGCUCAUCCUCAUGCAAGGGGGAAUUUUUCUGAAGGAGUACCUGGAGUUUUAUCCCCCCGAGGCCCUGGAGAAACAGUUGAUCUAGGAGUCAAAAUGGUCAAUUACGUCCUUGGUUCUUCGCCUGCUGUCAAGGAUUUGGAGGCUCGCAUGCGCUCCCUUGCCAUGAAUGCAGGAGGCGUUGGUGAGAUGGAACCAGAAAAGGGGGAAAUGGGACCCCCUCCACCCAUGCCUAAACCUGAUUUGGAGAAUGGACACCCUGGCCAGAAUGGCAUUAUCCAGAACGGCAUGACUUCUGAGGAAGAAGCACGGUUUCAAGCUGCAAGAAGUGGGCAGCAGAGCCCAACAGAAGAACAAGAAGUGAAGAAUGGAGGGGACUUUGGUGUCAAUCUGAAUCAGCAUCAUGUUCACUCAUCACAUCCUCAUCAUUCCCAUCAAGGACCCCCAAAUUCAUGCCUCCAUGGCUUGGAUCCAUCUGGUCCUGGCUCUCUUCAUGAGCCUGUCAUUGUUGAUCCUGUUCUUCCCUUUGGACAAGAUGGUUACAUGAUUCCACCCAUGGAUUCCCCCAAUCUUCUUCCUAAUCCUGGAAUGGAAAAUCAGGCAAUGAACUCAUCUCACACACACUUUGUUGAAUCCAAGGACCUUCUGAGCAAUGUGGUGGAUAGAGCCAUGGCUACCCAGAUGAAGGUUUGUGAAAAGAAGUUUCGAAUGCAUAUAACCAGUCUGUUCUACAGUGAUGAGGCACUGAAGGAAAGGAUAAAGCUGCUGUACAGAAAUGGAGGUGGACCUGGCAGUGGAGGUGGGCCUGGAGGUGGUGGAGGAGGGGGGGGUGGGGGAGGAGGGGGGGGUGGAGGAAAUGGUGGCCCUCCCAUGCCUCAGCAUCCCUUGUUGGCUCAGCAGUACCAACAGCUUGGGAUUCCUCCUACUGCUCCUGGACCUUUUGGUGCAACACCAUAUGUGAUCAAUCCUCAAGAUCCCUACCUAGGCACAUUAUUUGCAGGAACAGCUAUGCCACAAUAUUAUGGGGUGGCACCAUGGGGAAUGUAUCCAGCAAAUUUGCUUCAAGCAGCUGCAGCAGCAACAGCACAAGGUAGCCCAGGAGUGAGCACAGCUGGGGGAGGUGGUGGUGGACCAGGACCAGGUCCUGCUGGAAGUCCAAAUCACUUACCUCAGUCCCGCAGAGCCCUCUCCCCAUCACAGACAGCCUCUUCACCUGUUGAUAUGCAGGGAAAUGGAUACCAGGUGAUCCCAGCAUAUUAUGACCAAAGUGGAUCCCUCAUUAUGAGCAACAUGCGGAGUGGUGGCCCAUUGCGACUCAUAUCUCCAGCCUCAGUGAUUAUGAAUCCUAAUGGAACUCCUGGUGUGGGUGGUAAUGGACGACGAGAUUCCAUGGAAAGAAACAAUUCUGGUUUCCCCUCGUCAAUGGAUUACCGUGGUGGGAAGUGGUCUCAGACUUUUGGACCAUUGGGGCUUGCAGGUGGGAAUUUGACACCGCCACCCAUCACACCAACGCUUCCAGGAGGAGCUGGUGGCUUGCCAUUUGGAGCAUUAUUUGGUGGUCCAACACGCCCAGUCCCAGCCACUCCUGGAUCCGACAAAUUCCGAUCUGGACUCUCUUCUGGUAUGGGCUGGUCAGGUGGACUAUUCCCCCAGAACCUCAGGAGACCUCCAAUGGAAAAACCAUCUGGUAGGAGUCGACUACUUGAAGAUUUCAGGAACAAUCGAUUUCCCUCCCUCAGUCUGCGUGAUUUGACAAACCAUUUUGUGGAAUUCUCACAAGACCAACAUGGGUCUCGCUUCAUUCAGCAAAAACUAGAACGUGCAUCCACCCCUGAGAAACAAAUGGUAUUUAAUGAAAUUGUGUCUGCAGCAUAUGUCCUCAUGACAGAUGUGUUUGGCAACUAUGUCAUUCAGAAGUUUUUUGAGUUUGGGACGGCUGAACAGAAGACUGCACUUGCACAGAAGGUACGAGGAAGUGUGUUGCCCCUGGCGCUCCAGAUGUAUGGUUGUCGUGUGAUCCAGAAGGCUUUGGAAUCCAUUUCUCCUGAACAACAGAAGGAGUUAGUGAAAGAACUGGACAAUCAUGUGUUGAAAUGUGUCAAGGAUCAAAAUGGGAAUCAUGUGGUUCAAAAAUGCAUCGAGUGUGUGGAUCCAUCAGCUUUGCAGUUCAUCAUCAAUGCUUUUCAGGGACAGGUGUUUGCCCUGUCUACCCAUCCAUAUGGAUGUCGUGUUAUCCAGAGGAUAUUGGAGCACUGCACUCCUGAACAAACCACCCCAAUCCUUGAAGAACUGCAUGCACACACAGAGCAACUAAUUCAGGAUCAAUAUGGGAAUUAUGUUGUUCAACAUGUUUUGGAGCAUGGAAAACCAGAAGACAAAUCCAAGAUAAUAGGAGUUGUCAGAGGGAAAGUUUUGCCACUUUCCCAGCAUAAGUUUGCUUCCAAUGUUGUGGAGAAGUGCAUCCAAUGGGCAACUCGUGCUGAGCGGAGCCUCCUCAUAGAAGAAGUCUGCAUGUACAGUGAUGGUCCUUCAGGCCCACUGCAAACAAUGAUGAAGGACCAGUAUGCUAACUACGUCGUGCAGAAGAUGCUCGACCUGGCCGAACCACAGCAGCGGAAACUGUUGAUGAGUAAAAUUAAGCCUCAUGUGGCCACUCUUCGAAAAUACACGUACGGGAAGCACAUUCUGGCAAAGCUUGAGAAGUAUUUCCUCAAGAACAAUGAACUGGGUCCCAUAGGAGGGCCACUGACUGGGCUGUGAACUUCUCCCUCCUUGUUUCACCGUUUCAUUUUGCUGCUUCUCCCCUUUUUAACCAUGUUAUGUUUCUUGAUUUGCAUUCGUUUCCAUGCGGGAAACUUGUGUCUUGUUUUUGCAUCUGAACUCGCAUGUGUGAUUCAGUCUGGGACGACUUUGAAAAAUGAGGAAUGAAAAGGUUAGUGUAUGCUCUGACUGGGAAGGUUUUUGCAAUCAUCAAUUAUGGUAGACAUGGUACAUUCCCGUACUGAAAGCAACAGGCACUGUAAUUCCUCAUACCUCAACUGUCUGGAGGAACUCCUUUCUCCCCCACUCAUAAUAUCAAAUGAUCAAGGAGCAAGAUGAAAUUUUGUUUUACUGAAGAACUGUGCUUGUGAGAGUGUGAUAAAUUCCCAUGUACUGACAUGUCUACGCUUCACGUGGCAUACUGUACCACAGCCGUUGUAGCCUAGAUGUACAUUUCCGUUUUUUUUAUUGUAUUCGACUCCUACCAGAGACUGUGAUAUCUCAGCCCUUCCAUGUAUAAAUCAAGAGAGGAAUUGUAUCGGGGGGAAUUGUGAAAUUUUUUCCUUUCCCUUAGGUACACUCUGUACAGUUUUUUAUAGCUGACCUUCCCCCCCCCCAAAAAAAAGGGAGAGAAAGUUGAGCUUGCAAAAGCCUUUCCCAGCUGAGAUGAAGAGUCCAGGCUGACAUGCCCCAGAAGACACGAACAGUAGAUUUCCCUGCUUUUUUCUGCUCAAGAAUGGAAGGCUCGAGGAGCGAGGGCAUUGCUAGCAUGACCUUGUAAAUAAUGGACUUUUCCCUGAUACAUUUUUGUGCAGAAAAUACUUAUUUUGAAAGAAUGUCCUUUGAAAAAUUUGACAAUGUACAUAUUGUAAAUAAAAAAUUCCUUUGAAAAUAAGAAAAAAAAACAAAAAAAGCAAAUGAGCAACUUAGGCUGUAGGUCUGUGUUUGAUUGAAUGUUGCUGCAUGAGAUGAAUGACAAAACAGUUGCUCGAUAAGGUUGAUGAUUUGAUGAAUGAAACGAUCUCAUUUAAGCAUGCAGAAACAAGCAGCGUGAUGAUGCCUUCUCUGUAUAUAAUGGAUCCUGAGCUGUGACUGGUUGUUGGCUUGCAUGUUUUUUGUUUUUCAAAGGAAAAUGAGUGAGUGAAGAUGCCAGAAAAUUUUGUGUGAACCUGAAGGACCAAAUCUUUCUCACUUCGCUCCCCACCUCCUGUAAAGUUUUUGUUUGUUAUUCUGUGUUUUUUUUACCAGUUGUUUCCGUUUUUCUUGUUCCUUCUGCCCCUGGAUGAUUUGAAGAUGAUAAUGAUGGAAUUGCAAGCGAUGGAUUCUGUUGAU